AUGAAUAUCAGCCCCCACUUCGUCCUCAGCCAAUGGAGCUCCGGCUCGGAAGGGUGCGGCAGAAUCCGGCCCUCAUGCUUGAUGAGUAUGGAUGAAAAAUAUGUGGAAAACAUCUGGCUCCUCCUCAAAAACGCAAUUCAAGAGAUUCAAAAGAAAAAUAACUCAGGACUUAGUUUUGAAGAACUUUACAGAAAUGCAUACACUAUGGUUCUUCAUAAACAUGGAGAGCGACUAUACACAGGACUCAAAGAAGUUGUCACACAACACUUAGAGACCAAAGUUCGUGAAGAUGUGCUGCGUGCAUUACACAAUAAUUUUCUUCAAACCUUAAACCAAGCCUGGAAUGACCACCAGACAUCUAUGGUCAUGAUUCGGGAUAUUUUAAUGUACAUGGACCGAGUGUAUGUACAGCAGAACGAAGUAGACAACGUUUACAACCUUGGGCUUAUUUUCUUCAGAGAUCAGGUUGUACGAUAUGGCUGCAUAAGAGAUCACUUAAGAGAUACGUUGCUGGAUAUGGUCAUGCGAGAACGCAAAGGUGAAGUAGUAGAUCGAAUUGCCAUAAAAAAUGGAUGUCAAAUGCUUAUGGUCCUGGGAAUCAACAGUCGUUCUGUCUAUGAAGAAGAUUUCGAACGGCCGUUCUUGCAGCAAUCUGCUGAAUUUUACAAGAUGGAAAGCCAGAAAUUCCUUGCUGAAAACUGUGCUUCAGCUUACAUAAAAAAAGUUGAGGCACGUAUCAAUGAAGAGGCUGAACGUGCAAAACACUAUUUAGAUGAAUCCACUGAAGUUCACAUAGUUGGCGUUGUUGAAGAAGAAUUAAUUAACAAACAUAUGCGUACCAUUGUAGAAAUGGAGAAUUCUGGAGUGGUAUUUAUGUUAAAGAAUCAGAAGACUGAGGAUUUGGCUCGCCUUUACAAGCUCCUUAGCCGAGUUAGUGAGGGUUUAAAAACAGUCUCACAGUGUGUUAGCACAUACUUAAGAGAACAAGGCAAAGCUUUAGUUCAGGAGGAAGAAGCAGGGACAAAUGCCAUUACAUUUGUUCAGAACCUGCUAGACCUGAAAGACCGGUUUGAUAAAUUCCUUCAUGAAUCCUUUGGAAAUGAUAAAACAUUUAAACAAGUUAUUGCCUCUGAUUUUGAAUACUUCCUCAAUCUUAAUCCCAAAUCUCCGGAGUAUCUAUCUUUGUUCAUUGAUGACAAACUGAAGAAGGGUGUGAAAGGCAUGACGGAGCAGGAAAUUGAGCAAGUUUUAGACAAGACUAUGGUUCUAUUCCGCUUCCUCCAAGAGAAAGAUGUAUUUGAACGUUAUUACAAGCAACAUCUAGCUAAACGACUUCUAUUGAACAAGUCUGUUAGUGAUGAUAGUGAGAAGAAUAUGAUCUCAAAACUUAAGACUGAAUGUGGAUGCCAAUUCACAUCCAAGCUAGAGGGAAUGUUUAAGGAUAUGACUGUCUCUAACACUAUCAUGGAAGAAUUCAAGGAACAUAUUGUAACUGUCAAAACAACUUUACAUGGAGUAGACCUCAGUGUUCGUGUUCUUACCACUGGUUUUUGGCCAACCCAAAGUGCUACGCCAAAGUGUAGUAUUCCCACUGCGCCACGGAAUGCCUUUGAAACUUUCAGAGUAUUUUAUCUUGGCAAGCAUAGUGGACGUCAAUUAACUCUUCAGCCACAACUGGGCUCAGCAGACUUAAAUGCUGUCUUUUUUGGACCCCGAAGAGAGGAAGGAGAAGGUAGAGAUGGUGCCAGUUCCAGCACUAGUCUUAUGUCAUCUGGAUCGGGGCCCUCUGGGCCGCGCAAGCACAUAAUUCAGGUGUCCACAUACCAGAUGUGUGUAUUGAUGUUGUUCAAUAAUCGUGAAAGGCUUAGUUACGAGGAAAUUAAAAAUGAAACUGAUAUUCCUGAAAGGGAUCUUAUUAGAGCUCUUCAAUCCCUGGCCAUGGGAAAAGCAACUCAAAGAAUUCUUAUCAAAACUCCUAGAACUAAGGAAAUAGAAUCUGACCAUGCUUUCCAAAUCAAUGACUCAUUUUCCUCAAAGUUACAUAGGGUUAAAAUCCAGACAGUGGCUGCCAAGGGUGAAUCAGAGCCAGAGAGGAAAGAAACACGUAAUAAGGUUGAUGAGGAUCGUAAACAUGAAAUUGAAGCAGCUAUAGUAAGAAUAAUGAAAGCAAGAAAGCGUAUGGCUCACAAUGUGUUAGUGGCAGAAGUCACAGAACAGCUCAAGAUUCGGUUUUUACCAUCUCCUGUUAUCAUAAAGAAGAGAAUAGAAGGCCUUAUUGAACGAGAAUAUCUUGCAAGAACACCUGAGGACCGGAAAGUGUACACUUAUGUAGCUUGAAGAGUCUUAUGUUAUCUUGGGUGUAAAGAAUGCAGUGUGGCCCUAAAUGUAGACAAUCUUACACUAAAGUGCACCAAUUACAUCCAUUCUGGAAGUGGAUUCUUGAAACAGUGGACAUUUAAUCUUUGUGUGAUGUCAGUGUUCCCAAAUUACGCAGCUACUCAUGCGGAAACCCUAUCAUCAGUGAACUAACUGUGCGGUGUCUACUUGGAUGUGUUACAAGAUGUACUGAGGUCAUUGCCAUGAGGCAAACACUCUUCAUUGUGAUCAGCAUUUUAUACAAUUUUUUGCUUGCAUUAAGGAGCAAUCUUCUAUUCAUUUUGUAUGGCUCUGUACAUAUUACAUAAGAAAGCUGCAGUUACAUGUAUAAUAAUAAAUAAUUAAACUGAAGAGGCAAUAGUAGUUUUGUUUCAAGUAUAGGGGUCAAAAGUGACUGCAUAUAAUGCUUUAUUAUAGCAGUGAAACAUCACAUUUAAUGGUAAAUUUUUGGAAUGAAAUAAAAUUUUACAUCCAUCAUUUGUUUUCUUUUUGCUGGGUUUAUAAGUGAUUGCAGAUUCUGUAAAUAGUCAUAGACUGAAUAUGUGACUGUUCGAUUCUACUAGAGUAUUCUGACAAUUGUUGCCGUGCAUUAAUUUUGUGUGUGUAGUGUUAAUAUGUAAAUAGACCAAAUGUACUGGCACUGAUGAAGUUUCAACUUAACUGUUAUUACCACAUGAAACCUCAAAUCCAAUAGGAGCCAAAACUUUUGUUCAGAAAUAACCUUGUAAGUGACACAGUUUUCUUGCUUUCCUAAUAUAUGUGCCUGGAAGAUCUGAAGUAUUUAGCAUUAUGCCUGAACCCAUUUCCUAUAUAGAUCAUAAAUUGUUGCAGUGGCAAUCAUCUCAUCUUAAAUCAGUCCUAUUCUUUUGACAGCAGCUUUAGGUGAGGAAACUCUCCAAAAAUGCAGAAUUUCUGGUCAAUUUUCGUCUUGAUUUGCUGAGGUGGUUGAUUUUGUUUUAAUGCCAUAACUAAUCCUAUAUUUUGAACUUAAAUUUUGGUUGCACACUUGUUGUGCAGUGUUGAUAUUGUAAAAGAUUUUAGAAAUGAGCCUUGCUGAUUAUAAUUGAACCUAAUUAAGUUGUAAUACUUAAUUAUGUUUCUUAUGGUAUAUGUUUGACUUAAAUCUUGCAGAGAUUUUUUUUUGCAUAUUCUGGAAUUCUCUGUUUUGUGCUUUGUUUAAGAACUUGAGAAAAUUGAGUACACAAGUUAUUUUUAAAUCAAUUGUUUAGUUUGAGAUUGAAGUAGAAACCCCUCAAAGUCUCUUAAAAUAGAUGAUUGACCCACUCACUUACUGUGUAAAAUGUAAAUGUGAUGUCAUGUCAGUGAUUUCACUUUGAGGCUGCUUAACCCAGAUCAUUCUAUGCAAAGUCUGUACUGCACUGAUAAGUAUUGGCUUCACGAGUUGUGUUUUAUUUUCUUCCAUGAUCAAAGAGCCUUUUCGAAUUGUUGGAGGGUCCUAAUCCUUAUGUGGCUUCUUCUUGCUUAGCUUUCAGUGUUGUCAGGAACAAAAUUUCUACAGAUGUAUGACUGACUUCUGAAAAAAAUGCCAGAAUGACUCCGUCUAAACAUUGACUUACAUCUGUUAAGAAUUUUUGUUUUGUUACUUUUGCAUUGUCACAGAGGUGGUUAUGUGAGGAGAAGGGAUGAUGAGUGUUUUCAUUAAUAAUUAUUGUGAUUUCUGUGUACAUGUUCUUUUCCUCUCUAUUUAUGCUAUUUCUUUUAACUACAGUAUAAGUAGUUUGUUUUGAAUAGUGUCCUGGACGCACUUGAAAACAAGACUAAUUGAAGACACCUCAUAACUGAGCAGUUAAGGGGACAUGUUUUGCCAUGCUCUUUGCAGAAAUGGAAUUUUGUUCUGUAUUGAACAAAAUUUGCAUUCUACAGUUUCAUAGCUGUAUCAGCUUUGACUUCAUGCUUAAUUUGUUUGUACAUUGCAUGCAUUUUUAAAGUUAAACUUUUGAUAUUUGUAUUUUUGAAACACAUUUGCUGAGAUCAGUUACAUCCUUGGUUUUUCAAAGGCAUGCUUUCCUUUAAUAUUAAAAUAAUGUUGCCCAGGCAGAGAGUUUCUGCCAUCAAAUCAUAUAGGUGGAGUCGCAACACUUUGUGUGAUGGUACAGCUUUUGGACUUUGUACAUCAACUUUCUUCCUCCUAAUUUUAUCUACUGCUAAGCGAGUUGUUAAAUAAAGAUAUCUUAUAAAUUU